UAGGGAAGGGAUCUGUGAAUGUCAGUCGGUGUUCGUCGGUGAACGCGGCUGCCUGUGAGACAUUCACGAACAGCAAGUGAAUUUGAAAUCGUUCAUUUGGACGAGUGUGUGAACGUGGUCUUAUAACAUCGGAGGAUUUUCGAUACUACAUAUUACACUACACUUGAACGUAUAAUAAUGCCAUUUGGUUGGUGACCACACAGCUUACAAGUCGCAGCUAAUGAUAUAACAAUUGUGAAAUAAAUAUCUGUGAUUAUGUCUUCAGUGAAAUGUAUAUGGACAGUUUUUGGCGUGUUGUGUGUUUUGGGACAAAUAUUGGGUUUGGAUAAUGGCCUGGCAUUGACCCCUCCCAUGGGAUGGCUGGCUUGGGAAAGGUUUAGGUGCAAUACGGAUUGCAAGAAUGACCCGGACAAUUGUAUAAGUGACCGAUUAUUCCGGACCAUGACUGAUAUCCUGGUCGCUGAGGGGUAUGCAGCAGCUGGCUAUGAAUACAUCAACGUGGAUGACUGCUGGCCAGAGAGAGAGAGAGAUCCUCGUGGAAGACUGGUGCCGGAUAGAGAACGGUUCCCGUACGGCAUGAAAAGUUUGUCUGACUAUGUACACAGCAAAGGGUUGAAGUUCGGUAUUUACGAGGACUACGGCAACUUUACGUGCGCCGGAUACCCUGGAGUAGUUGGGCAUCUCGAAGGAGAUGCCACCACGUUCGCGGCAUGGGGCGUCGAUUAUGUGAAGCUGGAUGGCUGCUACGCACUACCAGGUGAUAUGGAUCAUGGGUACCCGGACUUUGGCAGACAGCUGAACUUGACUGGGAGACAGAUGGUAUAUUCCUGCAGUUGGCCAGUGUACCAGAUAUAUGCUGGAUUACAGCCAAACUUCUCGUCUAUCAUUGAGCACUGCAAUCUGUGGAGAAACUUCGAUGACAUUCAAGACUCUUGGGCGUCAGUCGAGUCUAUCAUAGACUACUACGGAAACCAUCAGGAUACUAUCGUGCCCAACGCUGGCCCUGGACACUGGAAUGACCCAGACAUGCUAAUCAUCGGAAACUUUGGUCUAUCAUACGAACAGAGUAAGACGCAGUUCGCGAUAUGGGCGAUAUUGGCGGCGCCUUUGUUGAUGAGCGUAGACUUGCGCACCAUUCGUCCCGAGUACAAGGCUAUCCUACAGAACAGGAAGAUCAUCGAGGUUGACCAGGAUCCUCUGGGGAUACAGGGGAGAAGGAUAUAUAAGCACCGGGGUAUCGAGAUAUGGUCACGACCCGUCCUGCCGAUCCAGGGACAGUAUUACUCGUACGCUGUAGCGUUUGUUAAUCGCAGAACAGACGGGACGCCGUCUGAUGUGGCCGUCACCUUACGAGAGCUGGGCUUGAACAACCCCUCAGGGUACAGAGUUGAGGACUUGUACGAGGACGUCGACUACGGUGUUCUCUCGCCGCAGACCAAGAUCAAAGUGAAAGUAAACCCCUCAGGUAGUGUCGUAAUAUUGAGAGCCGACGCACAGCCAUCUUUUGCGUACAACGCUAUACCAACGAGGACGCCAUACUCGCCUCUCAACGACGUGUUCAGACUUAAGAAGUAAAUAGAAUGAUCUCAGAAUAACACGAAGCAAGUGUAAAACGCAGUACCCAGUUACCUUUAAAUGCAAAAUAAGCGAACGCACUAUUUUUUGUUAGGCUGGGUCCACAUGCCACGAACGACGGCGAAUGAAAGCUAACCAUAGAAAUCUAAAUUAAUAGGUACUAGAAAUAGAUACAUCCUCGCAGGUGACCUAUAGACCAUAUUAUGUGUGUUUCUAGUGUUUCGGUAACGCUCGGAAAAAUGGUGUUUUGUAAGGUAGACUGUAGAGUAUAAUUCAGUUGUAGAAGUUCAAGGGUGAGCAUUCGUGAAUGUGAAAGGGCCAAGAAAAUACUUCUUGUGUCACGCACACAAGAAGUUUCUCUUGCUCUGCAAUUGAAAACUGUUCAAAUAUAAUUGUAACUUAGUGGUAGAAAAACAACAAUGUAUAUCUCGCAUGGAAUUAUUUCUAUUAUCUAUUUAUUUAAACUUCUAUGAAACUAGCGAGCAAAAGAGAAAGAGCGUGUGAGCGAAGGAAGGAGAAGGGUGACCUUCCUAUUCGCCGAUGUUCCUUGUAUGUGGGUUAGGUCUUUAGACAAACUGUGACUUUUCCGGCACGUUCGCAAUCCACGAUCAAGUACAUAGACUUAGAAUAUACUAGUGUAUCCCGCGUUCCGUCCCACAUAAGGUAUUAUGACGUAGGGAGAAUGUAGACAUUUAAACUUCUUCCUUCUAAUAUAUCAUAGUUUGCGCCAAGUAAAAAGAGCACUGAAGGCAGGUGGAUGUGUUUGCACCAUAAACUUUGAAUAUACUAACGCAUAGACUCCUGAUAAUGCGAGACCAUUUUGUUUUGUCAAUGUGUGCAUUAGCUAACCACUAGGUUUAAUAUUCAAAGUACUAAGGAGCUACUGCCAAUCGUAGCUGACUGUUUAUGACUUGUCAAUCAAACAUUGGUUACAAUAACAGUAAUGUUGCUUUCCUUUUCUAUAUUGCUGUGUCUCCAUAAUUGUAUUGUAAAAAUCGAUAUCCGUAGUAUAUUGUAAAUUUAUGGUCUAGUAUAUUGUUGUUACUGGCUGUCAUUCUGUGCAUAAAAGACAACACCACACUUAUUAUUUAAGUACGUAGAGACGGCUUGUCUGUAUUUUUGAUACAGACAUCAGUUUUGCUUCCACAGAUUUAACAGAGACCCAUUAAAAUACUUAUUUGUUUGCUACAUUACUACUUGUUGUCCACGGUGCCAUAAAUUAUCGGUGCGCUAGUAACAAACGUAUGUGUGCUCCGGUGAAAUUAACGGCACAUGAGAUAUUCGAUCUUAUGUAUCAUUGAUCAGAAUAUCUUCAAAUUUGUAUAUAAUAGAUUCCGUUUUAACAUAAAUAUACCUACUUACUUCAUUGUUCAAGUGAUGUUUUCCUACAAUAACUUAUAUAUGUUGUGUUUUAACUGUUCCUUCAACUUUACUAUUGCUCAUUGGCGAGAUUUUAUUAAAGCAAUUUGGUUUUAAAUAGAUUUUAGUGAUGUUACCAAGAGUUUCGACUUGCCUAGAUGACAAUUUAUUUAUAUUUAGAUACGAGAGUGAGUAAUGGACGUUAAUGUUAAAGUGGAGAGAUACAAUUUUGCCAUUAUGUAGUACUUAGACUAAGGAUGUACAUUUAACUGUCUUUUAUUUAAGAUUUUUAUAAAUAAAAUAAUUUUUUAUCAUA